AUGGAUUACCGAAAUAGACAUGGCUUCCAUAACUGGGAGUAUUUACGGACCCAAAAACCAUUGAAAGAUCCCGCUCUUUCAAAAGCAUUCGUGGAUUUCGAAGACAAUGCAGUUGGAAUUAUAUCCUUCCCUUUACCCCGCUUUACCUGUGCAAAGGCAUACAAGGCUCGUGAAAAUAUUGUUGCUGGAUUUGAGAAAUUCUACGCAGAAGACGGGCCUGCCACGGCGUUUCAUAUGGUCCAAGCUAGUUCGGAAGUAUCUGAUGCGCAUGGACUUUCGAUAAAUGACAAAUCGCGCCUCGAUACUUGCAACGGACACGCUAUACUCGCCAAUACAACACCUACUGCCUUUUGGACAAUUUAUCAUGUCCUUUCCGACGAGAAAGUCUUAGAAGAAGUGCGAGCUGCUGUACUGUCAUUAGUCACAGUAGAACAGAACAACGGCAAAAUCACCCGCAAAAUCAACAUCGCUCAGAUCAGGGAUAUUCCUAUUAUGAGGUCUGUUCUACAUGAAGUUUUGCGACACUAUAAUUAUGGAACAGGAACUCGUACCGUACUAGAAGACACCAUCCUCGAUAAUCAAUAUCUACUCAAGAAGGAUUCCUUUGUCUUCAUGCCAAAUCGGUCCUAA